CUCUCACCAACCCCCCUCGGACUUACACUCACUCACUCACUCACUUCUCAUCUCCUUCACUAUGGCCGUGUACGACAGCAGCUGACGAACGUUGUCUCCGGAAGACUGCCAUUGGUAGACUCUUCACUCACCCAUUCUUGCGCGCCCUCACGCCCUGCGACAACCGACCCAGAACAGCCCCAGCGUCCCCUGAUUACCGUGGUACGACUCAACGAUAGUGACAACAACACCGCCGUGCGAACCUCGUGAGCGAGUCUCGUAACCACCAUGCCGACUUCGAGACUGCGACGAGCGGCACGCAUCAUCCUCAUCGGCGCUCCCGGCGUGGGGAAGGGUACACAGACGGAGCGCCUGUUGAAGCGCUACCCUCAACUCGCCGCCAUCAGCUCCGGCGACUUGCUGAGAGAGAAUGUGCGCAACAAGACUCCGUUAGGCAUCCAAGCCGAGUCCCUCAUGAACCGCGGCGCUCUCGUGCCCGAUGCCAUGAUUCUACGCCUGAUUCGGAAUGCCCUCACCACCAGAGGAUGGCUGAUCCCAGCAGACGGCGUCCAACCUUACACACUCAACUACAGCUCCGCCAACGUCGAGCUUGACACGGCUGCUUCCACCCUACCUUCUCCAGAAAUCUGGACGACGAUGCCCUACGAAGCCGAUUCCGAGUAUCGAUACAGCGACCAUCCCGACGCUUCUUUCCUCCUCGAUGGUUUCCCACGAACUGCUGUGCAGAUGGAAGAGCUGGAGAAGAUGGUCCCCGUCAACAUGGCCGUCCAUCUGCACACUCCGACCGAUGUCAUCCUGAAUCGAAUCUCCAACCGAUGGGUGCAUCCUCCUAGUGGGCGAGUCUACAAUAUUGGCUUCAACGCCCCCAAGGUCGAAGGCAGAGACGACGUCACCGGCGAGAAGCUCGUGCAAAGGGACGACGACAAACCAGACGUGUACCUCAAUCGUGUCAAGACCUACAACGAGAGCGCCCAGAGCCUGCUGGAUCACGCCGAACGGAAAGGAAUCUUGUAUAAGAUCGAAGGCAACAGCAGCGACGAGAUUACACCCAAGCUGUUUGACAUUUUUGAGAAGAAGUUUGGCGAGGCCUGAGAGGAUGCGACAUUCUGAUGUGUUGGGCUCUCCCACCGCAUGAAAUGCACAUGUUGUGAGUCAAGGAAGCUAGACUGGUAUUGGCUCCUAGAGACAAAUUGCGUGAACCAGCUGUGAUUGGAGCAGUGAAGCUAGUGUAGAUGGAGCGAGAAAUUUGGACCUGCGCGGGUGUUUUUACCUUGGUCGUAUGGGAAGAACAGGGACACAAGUGCUCGACUUUACUGCAAAGUCUCGGAGCGACCCUAGUAUACAGAUGAAAUUGAACACGAAAAGGACAUAUCUGACCUUACA